CUGUCAGUAGUGUGGUAGUGUCAGUGGUGUCAGUACCGUCAGUACCCUGAGUACUCCAGUGCCGCCGACAGUGUCAUAACCUCAAUAACGGUGUAAGAUGAGUAGCUUUCGAACGACCAAAGCGUAAGGAGAGGUCAGCUUCGUUUUAUAUAUUAUAAAGCUUAGAAUGGAAACGAAACUGUCAAUUAUAAUUGCUACAACGAUGAGAUCAUGCUGUUGUUCUCUAUCCAAGUGUUAAACAAUUUUAAUCAGUUUGAAAACGAUCAAUCGUGUUCGAAAUACGUAAUUGCAUUAAAAUAUUGCAAGUUUUGCCUGAUCUGUCGUUGAAGAGAACGGGAAUAAGAAAGUGGAAAGUCUUCUAAAAAAAAAAGAUGAUAUGACAAUUGAAAGUCAUAAGGCCGAUGGGUAAUAAUGAAUGCAUGCGGUAGAGAAUCCUUGGAACGGCGAACGCGCGUGCAAGCGAGAGACAAUAUGCAUGAUCUAAUAAAGACGACGCAAGGAAGGUGAAUGAGAAAAUCAUCGCGAACAUCAACGGCGACUAACUUUCAGGACACGUCCGUCAUCGGUCGCUGCCUUUUUCCUUUUUGACAUGCAACAACUACGAUACGAUGAGGAACGGGACGAUAACCACACGUGCUGAUGUUUACACGGAAGAGAUCCCUUGUACAUCUGAUGGGAGGAGGGAUGUGGCGGUCCGUUCACGGCGUUCAUGAAGGAAAAGGAUUAAAUAAAAAAUCUGAUGUGGCGUGAUUAUAAUCGAUUCAAAAUCGGCGAUUAACGAGCAGAAAAAUGGACGGGCAAAUGUCGUUUUAUGCCACUCUGACGUCGGAAGAAAAGAGUAGAAUGCAACCUUGUAUGAAAGCUAGGUGUGUCAUCAUGUCGAGCGAUUCACCGCCGCCGCUGCAGACGUCCAUACCUCUGGUGGAUUACGAUGUGCCCGACGAAGCGGGUCUCGGUAAAAUCACGCCGACCACACCUACGACACCCGUGACGAGCAAACUGUUGAAUGCCGUCGACACGGACAUCGAGACCAUCGAGAAUGCGGUGUCGAUCGCGCAGGCAGUGCUACCGGUGCCGGAGCCCCGGCCGAAAAUCGAGAGGAACAACAUCGACGCGACGGACAAUAAGAAACCGGUCGGUCAACCGGACAACGACUCCUGCAUCGUCGACUGUAUAUACUUCACGCAGCAGUGCUGCGAGUGCGUAAUAUUUUAACAGUCCGAUUGUCCUCGAAUUCCGAUACCUUGUCCAAUAGUAACGAGACCGAUCAUAUUCUUCGUAGUCUUCCAUACGAAUUUUAUUAAACUGCGGAUUCAAUGCAUUCAUUAAAUAAUUACUUCAAGUAUGAACGUUUGACGAAAGUAUAACAAAUAUGAACAGUGAAUGCAUAUCGCAAUAGUUAAAUGAUAUAAGAAAUUCCAAUCUCAAAUGCAUUUCCUUAAAUCUGUUUUGCAUAAAUUCGCUGAUUUCGCGGAUUUUAACCACCCACAAGUAAUUAUCUUAAUUUUACGACUAUUUCUUAAUACCACGUCGUAAACUUCUUGGACGCAUACUUAGAGUGAAACUCAGCCUCUUGUAUGAAGUUUUUAUUAUCCUCCUGGGAAUAAUCAGUCUCUUUAUGUUUGGAUCAGGUCACGUAUCCUAUUCUUUCCACGUUUCGCGUGAUUGCCAUGAGAAUUUAAAUGAAGGAUAUGUAGAAUUUUUCGGGAGAACCCUAUGAGUCGAGUUCUGGGUGUUAAUCGAAUAAUAAUGCUUUGUACUCGUGGUUUUUUCAUCUUUUUUGACGGAAUGAAGGAUAUGUGAUGAAGUUCGAAAGUAUCGUGCAACGACGAAAUGAAAUUAAGAAGUCCAUAUUGACAAAUACUUUUGGACAUAUUUAAACAUACAUAGUAAUGUAGAAAACAUCGGGCUUUUCGUCUGUGCGAAUAAGGUAAAUGUCCCAGUUUCUGGUCACGUCACAAUUUCUACUUACUGGCUUAUUUUUAACGUCAUAAUAUUUGUAA